ACCUUGGCCCUGGUAGUUCAGCCAGUUUUCAAACCACCUCAACUCUUAUCUAACCUGUACUUUGUCAACUUGUCUAUGAGGGUAUUGUGGGAGACUAUGCCAAAGGCCUUACUAAAUUCAAAGUAAACAGUAUCCAAUGCUUUCCCGCCAUCCACCAAGAUAGUCAUCUUGUUGCGGUAUGCUAUCAGGUUGGCUGAGCAUGAUUUCAUCUAUUUGGAAAUGGUUUCCAGGCUUAGUUUCUCCGUCACCUUCCCAGGGAUUUAGGUUCUCAGGAAUGUCUCCCACCUGCCAGCUCCAACAGCAUUCAUGGAUGUACUCUGUGAGGCCCAAUGGAUUUAUGCAUGUCCAGUUUGUUAAAGUGCUCACUAACCUGGUCCAUCUCUGCUAAAGUCUGUUGUGUCAUUCCAACCAUGAGACUCAUCUUUCAAGCAUGUUCAAUCAUCUUCACACUGGGCAACCUGAUGGCUUCUCAGUCACAAUCUCCUGGCUGGAAAGAUGCCAUCAGCACCACAAUAAUCAAUUUCAAUAAUGAGAAGAUGCAGGUCACAUGGGCAGCAAGAGAACUGUUUCCCAGCGAGAAUGUGUCAUUUUCUUAUACAUUUGAUGAAGGCAAGCACAAAGUUUGGAAGCCAUGUCCCACUUAUUUACUGGAUCAACAUUAUAAUUCUGGAUGUCUUUUUAAGACAGAAGGACCCACCCUUGCCAUCUCUAUCAGGAACAGCAAUGGAAGUGAAGAGCUUUUUUUUAAAAGACUAAAAUCUGAUUUUUAUAUAAAGCCCAAUCGCCCAGAAAAUGUGACCUUCUUAUGGAAAGAGGACACUGUUACUGUAAGCUGUAAUAAACCAGAGCGAGCUGUGAAGUGCUUGAAACUUGAGCUUCAAUACAAAAGCAAGUUUGACAAAGACUGGCAAUCCAGAACUUCUAAGUGUUGCAGUGUUGGAGAGCAAGGCUUUGAUCCAAGAAAAUGCUAUUCUUUCCGGGUCAGACUGAAGAGGCUAGUACCCUACUGCAAUGUAGUUAAUUACAGCAGUGACUGGGAAGCAGAAACAUUUUGGAUGAAUGGCACAUUAUUAGAUUCAUGUGAUGAUGGUAUAAAAUCUCAGUCAAACACUGUAAUUGUUUUAAGUUGUUUGCUGGCAGUACUUCUAAUGAUUUUUAUCCUCUUGAUUCUUCUGUGUAAAUGGCAGAGGCUUCAAAAGUCAGUAAUGCCUGCUAUACCAGAUCCAAAAUACAUAUUUGCUGAUCUCUUCAAUGAUCAUAAUGGAAACUUACAGGAAUGGAUGGACAAAACUGAUCAUGCAAUGGUACAAACCAAGUUAGAAUAUGAAGAUCCAGAGUGCAUCACUGAGGCUGAAAGCCAGCAAGAAGACGAGAAAAAUAGUGAUGAACAAGGGCCUCAAGAAAAAAUCCUCAGUUUUUCAAAAGCGACUGAAAAUAAUGACCCCAAAGCAGCUCAGAUUGCCUGCCUGAUGCCAAGAUCCAACACUAUAGCUUCUUUUGCUGGCUUCCAGAUUGUAAUGAAUGAUGACAUGUAUGUGAUGUUAUAAAAUUUCUAUAAUGCAGAAGGUGUGAGGAAAUUACAUUAAAGAUCUGGAUGAGUUUAGGAGGGUGGCUGAAUAGAAAAGUUUGUCAUGAGUAGACUUACAUCAAGAAAGACACUAGGCUGUGUUAUCUGGUUCCAGGACUGUUCUUUCCUAGCACUUAUGACCACUUGAGCAGGCUCAGUGUUUGAAAUAAACACCUGCUAAUUUAUAGAGUUAGGAUUUGUUGUUUUAGUUGGGGUUUAUCUCUAAGACUAAACUGAGCUCCAUUUUCCUGCUAUGGACAAGAGAGAACAAGAGCUCCUCCAUAAUACAUGUUCACAGAGCCAAGACUUGGUCCUUGUACUCCUUAUGGAGUAUGUAGAGCAGUGCAAAUUACACUGUUAUUCUUCCCAAAUGAAGAGAGAAAAGGAAGGGAAGUUUCCACUAACGGUCUUUGUCUCACGAAGACCAGACCAUAUACUGCUCAUUUUCACAGGGAUAGGAUACUGCUUUGCAAGCCCUCCUUGGACUAGAAGUGCUUGCUUUUGUAAGCUGCUUCUCCCAUUGUGAAACUUUGUGCUGUAUGGCAUGCAUCAAAGCUUUUAUAAAGAGAAAGAAUAAGCCUAUGCCUAAGAGCAGAAGAGUGAGGAUGUACAGUAUUGAGUCAUGGUUUAUCCUGCAAGUAGUGCUGUGUAGGCAGCGUUCUCCAGAACAGUGGGGCUUCAUGGGCUUCCUCUGAGGUCAGGUCCUCAGUGUCUUUGUAUGACUAAGAGGCUUCUUCUACACAGGUGAGGUUCAUUUUGAACAAUAUUUAUCUGAGUUGCAUGUACUUCAAACUGUUUUUCAGUGUAAUCAGCAGCUGUAGACCCAAAUUAGGACUUUUUAUUUGUAUUACAUAUACCAGCCUCUUGUUAUCAAACUAUGUUCUAAAGUUUUCUAAACACACCAUCUUUUAAAAUAUGUUUCAUUUUAAAUUUAAAAUGCAAUAUAAUAUGCAAUUAAACCUCAGGAAAAAAAUCUUUACUAUUCUGAGUUUCCUUGUAUCAUUUAAGUUACAUGUUAUUUGAAAGCAAAUUUUGUAAAGAAGUUACUAUGGGUAAGGUCUUGUAAGAAUAUACUGUGAUUGUAUCUUGAAUGAGAGCUGGUUAUUUACUUGGAUAUCAGUCAAUCAUUAAAUGACUUUACCAGUUGACUA